AGAAAAUCCCCCACCCGACCGCAUCUCCCCGAUUGCUCUGUCUCGACCACACGCUAGGUUAUCCCGCCCGUCCCCGGCUCGACCGCGCCGCCGCCACCGCCCGUCCCCGGCUCCACCGCGCCGCCGCCGCCCGUCUCCACCUCCACCGCGCCGCCGCAGCUGGUCCCCGCCUCCACCGCGCCGCCGUCGGGACCCUUGUCCACUGCGCCCCCCACCCGUCCUCCUCCAAUGGCGCGACUGCCACCGGGCCGUCCUCCCCUGCCCUAGCGGCACGGCUAUCGUGGGCAGCACCGCCUCCGGCUCCCUCCUACGCAUCUGCCGCCGCUGGUUACCACCGAAGCGGGGCACCACCUCCCCCUCUGCCCCACCCCACGCGGUUGGAAGAAAGCUGGAGCUAGCAGGGGAAAGUACCGACACAUGAACGGCGUACUUGGGAGCCUCAUUAAGGAGCAUUACCCUGGCAUGGUUACUUUGCCUGGGGAGGGCAAAGUUCCGGAGCCAGCAUGUACCUGGGACCACUACAAAGCCUAUGAGGAUCUUGGUGUAGCCAACAACAUCGAGUUUCACAACAAAGUCGAGCGGGUCUUUGCUGAACUUUGGGAUUUCUAUAGAUGCGAGGAUGGAAAGUUGGAGGAGGCACGAGCAGUUGUCAACAAACAUUGCCCGAAGCUUGUGCAUAAUCUGAUGCAUGAGGCGCGCCCUUUAGCCGUCCGCAAAUAUAUGGCAACUCAAGGCUAUAAGAGUCUUGAUAAGAAAGCCGGUAGGAGACUCCGUCUUGAGAAGGACAAGUACAUGGAGGUUACUCCGAGAUGGUGCGUCGAUAAGGGGGAGUGUUGGGAGCGGAUCGUGGACUAUUGGUGUUCCAAAGAGUACAGGGCGAAAAACAAAGAUUAUAGAAAUCGGCGAGCCGCAAUGCUGGAUCCACCACAUCAUCAAGGCAACUUGAACGUUAUGGAGUUCGGUGAACGUUGGGCGUCUCACCAUAAUGCUCCACUGCCCAACCUUUUCGUCUUGUAUGCUUUGGCCCAUAAGGCACCGUACAGAACAGUCAUGCCUUACGAUGAGAAUGACACAGCGUCCGCGUACUCCAGCAAGACCGCCUACGAUCGGAUGGAGAAAUUUAAAGGGAUGGCAAAAGAGUUGAAAGGGCCCGAGUAUGAUGUGACAACAGAGCCUCUUGACCACGCGUUGGUCAUGAUCUCUGGAGAAGGCAGGAAACAUGGCAAGGAAGCAAUUGCAGGAGGCAUGUUCCCUAGUUCCUCCAGUAGCUCUCUCCCUGAAUACAAAGCUCGGUUAGGUAUCUCAAAAUCUUCUACAUGUAAACGCUCGACUCCAACUAUGGUUGAGAUGGAGGCCCGACUGGCGGAGUUGAGGCGAGUGGCGGCGGAGGAGAGGGCGGAGGAGAGGCGACUGGCUGAUGAGAGGACGCAGCAAGCGGUGCAGCAGGCGGUGCAGCAGGCGGUGCAGCAGGCGGUGUUGGCACAAACUAGUCAAUGCUUUGCAAUGUUUGCGGCUUAUUGUACCCAGAAUGGUAUGCCCGCUAUGACGAUGCCUCAUCAAUCAGGCCAUGGAUCUAAUACUGAUGGAUCUUCACAUGCACGAGGCCCAAGCGACAACAACCUUGGUGGUUCUCCGAAUGUAUGAGAUCGAGUAUGGUUGGUGGUUCUUUUGUCUGUUUGGCAUAUUGAUGAUUUCAAGCACGUUAUUUGUUCUUGUGCCAAAACGUGACAGUCACCAUUCAAUCUUGUAUGCUAUGGAACUUUGUCCUGGGACUAUAUGCUAUGGAACUUUGUUCAUUGUUGCUUAUAUUUGCUAUGGAACUAUA